AUGCGUACACCUAACACAGAUUCCGCCGCCACAGCGACAGAGACGAACCCUAGGGAGCUCGUUUUCACCAAAUUAGAGUCAUCUCUCCUCGUCUCUGACUCUGACUCUCCUCCCAAAGAACUUCCUCUCUUCCCUCCGAUCUCUCGCAGAGAUCCUUCAGAUGAGGAAGGCAUUACAUGGAGGAAGCAGAGAGGUUGUGGCUGCAGGCAGUCUAAAUGUUUAAAAUUGUACUGUGACUGCUUUGCAUCAGGAGUGUUAUGUAACGAAUGUGAUUGUGCUGAUUGUCAUAACAAUACUGAGAACUUUUAUAUCAGAGAAGAAGCUGUUUUGAAUGUGCUAGAUCGCAAUCCAAAUGCAUUCAAUGGAAAGUCUCCCAGCUUCCUAACUGAUAAGCAGUGUAAGUUUGCAACUGAUACUAAACCUGGACUGCUUUCGAGAGGCUGUAAAUGCAAAAGAACAAAGUGCUUGAAGAAGUACUGUGAAUGCUUUCAGGCUAAUGCUAUGUGUUCUGAUAACUGUAAAUGCAUCAACUGCGAGAAUGUCAAUGCUCUAGGAACCAUUUCUGCUCAGAGUUCUCUACAGGUAUACCGGAUGAGAAGAUACAGAGAGUGGAAUUCUUGUCCAGCUCCUUUAAGUUCAAUGCCUGACAAUUACAUUCUAGAUUCUCUUGAGUCCCCUAUCUAUAGCUCUACUAAACUCCCUUACCGAAAGAAAAGGUCACGGCUAGGAUAUACCAACAAACUUGUUUCAAACUUGGGAGAUCUAAGAUCGCUUCUCUUAGCAGCAUCUGAAUCUGCUACAGCCAAUGCAGGUAACAACUGUCUUAUAGAAACUCAGCUUUGUAAUAGAUCUACCAUUCAUUCUUUGCUUGGUUUAGAAGACAAGAACAUCAUAUGCAUAAAGCCUGAUGAUAAGGAAGACAAUGAACUAUGGGAUGAUGAGUCUGAGAGCUGUAUUGUGGAAGAAGAAGAUAUACAAUCAUGUGGAAGAUUGAUCCAGCUUAUUGAUGCUCAAUACAAUGGAGAGGUGGAUUCCCAAACCAAGACAAGUUUCAAUGAAAGAGAUAUAUACAUGGUUCAGGAACGAGCAGUGCUUGAAACUUUCAGAGACUGCCUCCACAAGUACAUGAAGGUUGGAUUCAUGUAA